AUGCGCACAACACCGUUAAUAUGGGCCUUGAUAGCCGCUACAGCAAGCGCCGCGGUGGUCGACACCAGUUUCAUGGACGAGAGGGAAAAGCUGGCCAAGGACUGGACCGGAAAGGGCGGUGAUCCAGCGUGGAAAUAUUUUCAUGAAUCUUCAUUUAGUGGUCAUUAUGAUGGUCGUUAUACCGACAAGGCCCUUGAUCACGAGGAUCAAAAUGCGCAUUUAUCAGCCCUAAUCACAACAUACUUGUCAUUUAUGGAUGAGCUAGGAGUAGAAACCUGGAUCAUGCACGGCACAUUACUAGCAUGGUGGUGGAACCAAAAGAUCUUCCCCUGGGACGACGACCUAGACGUCCAAGUCUCCGAACCAGGCAUCCACUUCCUUGCCGAGAACUACAACAUGACCGAACAUAGCUUCGAAAUCCCCGGCGUCGGCGCACGCACAUACAAGCUCGACAUCAAUCCUCACUACAUCGUGCGAACAACCUUGGACAGACAAAACGUCAUUGACGGCCGAUGGAUUGACACGUCAAGCGGUCUAUUCAUCGACAUCACCGCCGUGCGCUCAGAUGACUCGCGACGAGCGGCAGGCGACAAGGGCGCGCUGAUGUGCAAGGAUUCGCAUCGCUAUCAGGAAAACGAGAUUUUCCCCUUACGACGGACCGUAUUUGAGGGCGUACCGGCCAAAGUGCCGUAUGCUUAUACGAAGUUGUUGGCGGGUGAAUAUGGACAAAAGUCCAUGACCAAUGCGCGGUUCAACGGAUAUACCUUUUCCGAAGAGGUCCAGCAAUGGGUCAAGAAUUCGGAAGUUGAAAAAGUGGAAGAAGAGCAAGGAAAACAACCAGAACAGCACGAAGAAAAAGAAAAGAAUAGAAUCUACAACUUUAUACAACACACCGAUGAGCCGACAUCAUAG